GCACCACACGCUACUACUAUAUUAGCCCGUUAGCCUAGCCGUGUGUGUUAGCCAAAAUGCGAGGCUCAAAGGCGGUGACUUGCUAGGAAAACAACCGACUUUUAUUACUGAAAUAAGUUUCAGUUUUAUUUAUUUUGCGAAUAAAAAAUGCACCGAAACCAUGGGAAACGUGAUACAAUGCAGCGUGAUGAUUUUUAUUUGUUAAUUUCUGUGUACAGUAAAUCGAAGCUGAACAAUGUCCCAUAGAUGACGAAGCAUAUUGCAGGACAACCCUCACAUAAAUAACUUGGAGCCAAUGGAUCCCGUUGUAUCUGGACAAGGGCUGGAUACGCCAUCACAGGAGGAUAUUUAUUUGUCUUGUAGCUCAAGAGGAAGACAACGAAAGAGAAAUUCUAAAUAUGCUGAUUUUGAAACCGAUGACAAGGAUACUGUUAAAAGGGUCCAACAGAAAUCCCCUCGAAAGUCAGUGGGGAAAGGAGCAACCUCUAGAAAGACUCCCACAAAACAGAGAAAAACUAAAACACCUGAACAACAGACCACAAAUGGAGAAAAAGAAUCACCACAAACAAUCCCUGCAGACUCUGUUGAUACAGUAAUAACUCCUAGAAAACCAAAAAGACCCAAGAAAACACAGCCUGCAGAAACUGCCUCUGCUGCUGGGGACCUGCCAACUGGAAAAACUGGAGGCAGUGUUGCAGAAAAUUCUGCCCAGCAGGAAAAUGGGUCACUGAAGCCGAAAAGAAAGUAUGUCAGAAAGAAGCCUGUGGAGGAAGUUAGAGACCCACCGGAAGAAGAGGAACCAGAUCCUCCUGCUGAACCUGGAGAGGAGGUCCAGUCAGGGGGCCGUCGCCGGAGAGGAGCAGCUAAAGUGGCACUGAAGUACCUCCAGCUUUUAGCCAAAGAGGUUUUCUCUCAUCCCAGAGAUGAACUCGACUCCAAGCUGCUUGAAGACGAAGAAUCCGAACAGAAAUCUUCCAAACAGACAAAAGGUCGAAAGAGAAAACUUGAUGACGUUGAGAAAGACUUUGUGCCAAAUAUGGAAGAUGAAGAAACCGACGAGGAAGAGGAAUAUCAAGAAGUGUCAGAUGCUAAAUUAAAUUUUAGGGAACGAGAAAAAUUUCUUCCUGUUUUUCACCCACAGAGGAGCCAAAAUUGUAAACCUCACAACGGACUCGACGUUAGUAUCAUAAGAACAAUUCUGGAUUCUGCUGAGAUGACAAAAAAAUUCCGGGAGGAGAACUACAGCAGCUGGGUGUUUCCAGAAUGGAUUCCUUCCACUAACAACUGGGAGCCUGUACCAGAAAAUGAAUUAGAAAAAUACCUUCCUCAAGAACUGGAGUCGGCUGCCUUCAAAGUGUCCAGAGACAAUCUAAACCAGGAAGAGACGCCUCUGCUAAGACUCAGCAGGUUUGAGGCGAUGGCGGCUCACCCGGGCCGCUGGGACAUGUUUCUGUUUGCUGGUGGACCCGUCUGGGCCCUGGAAUGGUGUCCCACCCCGGACGGCGCUCCGGCCUCCCAGUACAUCGCUCUGGCUUGCCAUCGAGGGAUGGACGACCUGCACUAUGUGAACCAGACCUACUCAGAACCCGGACUGGUCCAGCUGUGGGACUGUGGCAAACUGGAGUACAACAAGAGACCAGACUCUCAGCCCUCCCUGGUUUACGGUUUGGCUCAGGACAAAGGCUUCAUCUGGCAGUUAAAGUGGUGUCCAGCAGGAGGCUGGGAGCUUCCUGACUCUGUCAGAAAGGCUCCUUUCUUGCCCAGGCUGGGUCUGCUGGCUGUAGCUACGUCCAGCGGUGUGGUCACCAUCUACAGCCUGCCUCAUCCUGAUGCUCUGCUCUCAAGCACAAAACUCACACACUCUGAAAAAAGCAAUGAAAAACCACCAAUUUACAAGGUGCGAGGUGUGAUAACAUUAAAACUGGGCUGCAUCAAAUCUCUUCGUGAAGAAAGGAGCGGACAGGUUCUGUCUAUGGAUUGGCUUCCUCAAAAACCCCACAACAUAAUGGCUGUUGGAUUCUACGAUGGUGUUGUUGGACUCUGGGAUCUUUGUACAAAAUCUUCUUUGUUGCGAGUCAGAGAGUCGGAUCGAUCUUUGACUCUGCUGCCCUAUCGAUCGAUACUCGCUCACGACAACGCCGUCAGAGCUCUGGUCUUCUGUCCUGCAUCCAGAUACUUGUUGACAUCAUCGGGUGAGGACCGCUGCUUGAAGACGUGGGACCUGAGGAGGCUCAGUAACAUGGUCAAGGUCCAAAAACGCCACCUGACCACUGAGCUCUGCUGGCCGCUGGACUCACCUGGGGUUCUGGUUGGCCAGGAAGCUGCCUUCGUACCGAGGAGUUCAGUUGGAGUUCAUUACGUUGAUCACUACCUGCGCUCCUACUUUGCAAUCCCUCGGAGUACGUCUGUAUGGUCUUUGUCUUACUCUGAUUGGCUGCACACCGUGAUGUCAUCAGAUACGCUCGGCGAUCUGGUUCUCUCCAUCUUACCGCUGCCCAACUGCUCUGUCAAGAGAACGUCCUUGAGACGUUUUCCUGCCUACGUCACAUCUAUGGAGCCUUAUGAAGCAGAAGGAGGACAAAUCAAAGGUGAGGAAGAGGAAGGACAAGAAGCAGGAGAGACAGAAAAACCAAUAAACGACGAAGACGAGGGAGGAAGAGUUGGAGGAGAUUCUAGUCUUCACCUGAAGUUUCAGACGUACAAACAGGCUGUGAAGAAAUACUACCUGCACUUUAAAGACUUGGAUCUGCGAUGCCUUACAGGACUCAGUAAGCACGCUUUGUGGAAACACAUGCAGAGCACAGAAGUAACAGCAGUUAUGAACCUGGAUGACAUGCCGCUGGCUGCUCUCUACAAGGCCCGGUUCAACCCGAACAUGAGCAGCCAUGUGUGGGUUGGUUCUGCGGGUCAGACGGGCCUGGUGAGGCUCCACUGUGCGAGGACUUUCAUCACCCCACAAGUCAAGACCAUGAUCAGUAAACAUCAGGCCCAGUUCAGCUCGCUGUACUCGGUCCAGAACCGCAGCGGCGGCGUCCAGACGGCGGCGGAGCAGCAAGAGCAACACAGUUUACCUCACUGCACUGCCACCAGUUUGCAGAAAAAGUCCCAAGAUACAUAAAUACAUGACUACAAAUUACAGGCGAGAACAACGGAGGAUUAGAGACACAGAAGAAGAAAUAAAACACCUGACUUUUAUCUCAGAAUUUAGGUUUUUGUUUUCUCAGAAUUCAGAAUUUUGACUUUUUUCUAAAUUCAGACUUUAAUCUCAGAAUUCUAAAAUUUUCUCAGAAUUCUGUCUGUUUCUCAGAAAUUUGACUUUUUUCUUAUAAUUCUGACUUUUUGAAACAUCUCAGCAGAUUAAAGUCGGAAUUCUGAAACUCAGUUGUCGUCAUCGUCUCCCAAAGGAAGCAGGUGAACAGAAGGACAGAGAUUUAAAAGAAGUCAUGGCCGAAAUCAAAGAAUUUGAAACAUUUUUCUACGUUUAUUUUAAACUGCUUCUUCGUUCAAACAGCAGAAAUCAUAACUCUAAACUCAAAAAACAAUCAGUAAUCAGUAAAUAUUUUUGUUGACAGUAAUUCAGACGGUUUCAGUCAGUUUCGUUAUAAAAACGUUGCCAGCCUGCAGCUAAGUGCCUUUUGUCCUCUUUCUUUUUAGCAAAAAUGUGUGUUUUAUUUUGGAUUGUUGUUACUAUGGAAUAUCUAAAUACUUUUAUAUUUCAGUUACUAUGAGUUGUACAGAAACAUCAACUUGAAAGUAGGUUUUCACUUUCAGCUAAUUUUAUCUUGAGCCAAAAGCUCAGGCCUGAUGUUUGUAUUUUUACAGAUUUAUUUUAAUCUUAAUUUAUAAUUAUAAGUAUGUAAAGCUGUUCAUCAAUUCUUUUUCUACUGGUACUUUUGAAAUGCUGCUUAUAAUAAAACUUUUUUUAA